CAAAGGUUACGUAAACCAAAAGCUUUUCGGAGUAGUGAUAAUAAAGUUUACGCGAUUUGAAAUAUUACGAUCCUAAAAAGCGAUAAUUAAAAUUAUCACACAACAUGUCGAGCACCCGUAUGCUCAACCCCGUUAUCGCGAAUUGGCCUAAACCAUCGAGUGGAAAUGGAGGGUGUUGGCCCGCAGAUCGGACAGUCGGCGCGCGUAUUCACCGUAUUCGUUCAUCGUCAGCGUCUGUCAUCACACAUAAUAGUCGCGCAAUGGCGAGUGUCGGUAGUUCCAGUGUUAACGGCAAGGUCUUGAGUUUAGAUAAUAUUAAUCCAAACCUGAAACGUAUGGAAUAUGCUGUUCGAGGACCUCUGCUAAUCAGAGCUCUGGAAAUCGAAAAAGAACUCGCCAAGGGUGUCAAGAAACCUUUUAACGAGGUGAUAAAGGCCAACAUCGGAGAUGCUCAUGCUAUGGGACAAAAGCCUAUAACAUUUCUACGUCAAGUUCUGGCACUCACUGUGACUCCAGAAUUUUUAGAUGACUCGAGAUUUCCAGAAGAUGCCAAAAGUCGGGCUAGAGCUCUCUUGGGAGGGUGUAAGGGUGGUAGCGUUGGAUCUUACUCGGAGUCGGCAGGUAUUGAGGUGAUUCGGAAACAUGUAGCUGAAUACAUUCAGGAGCGAGAUGGUAUCCCCUGCAAUUAUCAGAAUAUAAUUCUCUGUGGAGGAGCAUCUGAUGGCAUCAAGUCAAUACUAAAACUGUUUAUUGAAACAGUCAACGGAAAGCCAUCAGGGGUAAUGGUUCCGAUUCCCCAGUACCCUCUGUACUCUGCAGCGCUAGCAGAAUUUGGACUAACGCAAAUCGGUUACUACCUGAAUGAGGAAAACAAGUGGUCGUUAGAUACGAGCGAAUUGGAGCGGGCGAUAGCGGAAGCAAAGAAAACUUGUACCCCAAGGUGUCUAGUCGUUAUAAACCCCGGAAAUCCAACGGGACAAGUAUUAACUAGAAAAAAUAUCGAGGAUGUUAUAAAAUUUGCGCACAAGCAUAAUUUGUACAUUAUGGCUGACGAAGUUUAUCAAGACAACGUUUAUGAUAAAGAUAGUGCUUUCCAUUCGUUCAAAAAAGUAUUAAUUGAAAUGGGAGAACCGUAUUCGCAACUAGAACUUGCCUCCUUCAUGUCAACUUCAAAAGGAUACAUGGGGGAAUGCGGUCUGCGAGGUGGAUAUGCGGAAAUUUUGAACAUGGAUCCAGGGGUGACAGCUAUCCUGCUGAAAUCCAUCUCGGCGAUGUUGUGUCCAACAAUUCUGGGUCAGGUAACGAUGGACGUUGUAGUUAAUCCACCGAAGCCACAUGAACCAUCGUACCAGAAAUUUCAGCAGGAGAAAUCCGAGGUACUUAAAUCCCUUGCGGAACGAUCGCGCAUGGUCGUAGACACUCUGAACAGUAUCGAAGGAUUCAAGGUAAACCCUGCCAUGGGCGCAAUGUAUGUUUUCCCCCAAUUCACGUUACCGGAAAAGGCAAUAAAAGCAGCUAAAGCUGAGGGAAAAGAACCUGAUGUAUUUUAUGCGUUCAAAUUGUUGGAAGCUACUGGAAUCUGUGUUAUAGCUGGUUCUGGUUUUGGUCAAAAGCCUGGGACUUACCACUUCAGAACAACUAUUUUACCACAAAAAGAUAAGAUCAAAACAAUGCUUGCUAGCUUAAAAGAAUUCCACGAAAAGUUCCUCAAAGAAUACAGCUAAUUCGUCUGGAAUCGUCCGAUACGCGAGCUAGACUGCCUUUGAACUAAUAAUUUAUUACCGAUGUGACCAUAUCUUCUACAUUUAAUUGUGUUAUACCAUAUUGAUUUGUAAAUACAUUAGUAAAGAAGAAAGCAGAAAACCAAUAACAGAGAAUUGUAAUUAUAUCGUAUAUAAUCAUAAAGAUUUUUAAAUUGCAAAUAUUCAAUUAAUAAAGAGAAGUUGUUAAAAA